AUGGCCACGAAGGCUCAGCGCUCGACCCAAGACGACAAAUUGAAGGAUGCCCAGAUGGAGGUAGCUGAUAAGCCUGAGAAAGUCGUGCUUCCAACCAACGAGUCCUCCGAAAGCCUCAUCAGAAUUCGACACACGUGUGCACACGUGAUGGCCAUGGCUGUUCAGAAGGUCUUCCCGGAUGCAAAAGUGACAAUUGGUCCGUGGAUGGAAAAUGGGUUCUAUUAUGAUUUUGAUAUGGAGCCUUUGACGGACAAAGAGUUGAAGAGAAUCAAGAAGGAGAUGAUUGAAAAGGAGAUUAAUUUGAAGUAUGCCGAAUUCCUUAUAGGUGAUGAAUGGUGGGACCUAUGUGCGGGGCCCCAUGUUGAAAAAACUGGAAAUAUUAACAGAAAAGCUGUCGAACUUGAGUCUAUUGCUGGUGCCUACUGGAGAGGAGAUGAAAAGAAACCGAUGCUGCAGAGGAUCUAUGGCACUGCAUGGGAGAGUGAGGAUCAAUUGAAGGCAUAUCUUCAUUUCAAAGAGGAAGCUAAACGUCGAGAUCACAGGCACCUUGGUCAAGUUCUUGACCUGUUUUCUAGACAGAUUUAUCAGUUAGCAAUCCCAUUAUUUGUAGUUGUGAGGAUUCUUGCAUUGAACAUUUUCGUUGUUGAAUUUUCACAGAAUGAUGCUGGUGGGGGUUUAGUGUUCUGGCGUCCAAGGGGUGCUAUUGUGAGAUACGAAUUAUCUGGAAGCUUGCAUGGUCUUUCUUGUGUAAAAGGUUUUACUCAGGAUGGUGUCCACAUAUUUUGUCUAGAAGAUCAGAUCAAAGAUGAAAUAAGGGGUGUCCUAGAUCUUACCGAAGAACUUUUGUUGCAAUUUGGCUUCAGAAACCUGCUUUUAUAUGACAAUCCAACAAUCCAAGCUUAG